GCGCGGUACCCUGAUCCAUCAAAAGUCCAGAGAAAGGCAGCUGGGGUGAUGUCAUAAUCGUGUCUCUAACGCACAUUCGCACAUUAACGGUUUUUCGCUGCGUGCGUGCCUACAAACUUUUAUUCACUUUUCACCCCGCUGCCUUCACGGCAUGCGUGACGGGGACGAGUGGUUGGAUGCCCCCCUUUCACCCUCCUCCUCCUCUUUCCCAGGAAGGCGUGUUUUUUUCUUCUACCAGCGCGUAGUGGACGAAGUGGCACGAGCACCACGGCCAGAGACCGGCGCGUGAAGCUGUUGCGCGUGUCGCGACGGAGCUGCGGCGCUGAGGCGGGACUCCUCCGAGCAGCCGACAGAAUGCGGUCGCUGUCCGCGGUCCUGAACCCGCUGCUGUUCCUGCUGCUGAUCGGAUACUGCCCUUCAGCGACCAUCAGGCCAAAGGACGGUUGGCAGGUGUACAGCUCAGCUCAAGAUGCCGAUGGACGUUGUAUCUGCACAGUGGUCGCACCUGAACAGAAUCUGUGCUCCAGAGACGCCAAAGGCAGACAGCUCCGCCAGCUCCUGGAAAAGGUGCAGAACAUGUCGCAGUCUAUCGAGGUGCUGAACCUGCGGACGCAGAGGGACUUUCAGUACAUCAUGAGAAUGGAGAGCCAGAUAAAAGGAUUGCGGUCAAAGUUUCGCCAGAUCGAAUCGGACAGGAAGACGCUCGUCAACAAAAACUUUCAGGAGCUAAAGGGAAAGAUGGAGUCCAUGCAACCGCUGAUACCUGUCCUGGAGCAAUACAAGACAGAUGCCAAGCUCAUCUCCCAGUUCAAAGAGGAGAUCAGGAACCUGUCUGCCGUGCUGAUGGCCAUCCAGGAGGAAAUGGGAGCCUACGACUACGAGGAGCUGCAGCAGAGGGUCCUAAACCUGGAAAAUCGUCUCCGCAAAUGCAUGAGCAGACUCACGUGCGGUAAGCUGAUGAAGAUCAAUGGGCCGUUGACUGUGAAAACUUCAGGGACCAGAUUUGGAGCCUGGAUGACGGACCCACAGGCGACUCUCAAAAACAACAGGGUCUGGUACAUGGAUGGCUACACCAACAACAAGAUAGUAAAAGAGUACAAAUCCAUAGCGGAUUUUGUGUCUGGAAUCGAGUCGAGAACCUACAACCUGCCUUUCAAAUGGGCUGGAACCGACCACGUGGUGUACAACGGCUCUCUGUACUACAACAAGAUGCAGAGCAACAUCAUCGUGAGGUACAGCUUCGAGACGGGCCGCGUCGUCACCCAAAGGGCCCUGGAGUCAGCGGGGUUCCACAACGUGUACCCCUACACGUGGGGGGGCUUCUCCGACAUCGACCUGAUGGCGGACGAGCUGGGCCUGUGGGCGGUGUACGCGACCAACCAGAACGCCGGCAACGUAGUCGUGAGCCGGCUGAACCCGGACACGCUCCAGAUCCUCGACACGUGGAACACAGAGUACUCAAAGAGGAAUGCCGGCGAGUCUUUCAUGAUCUGCGGGACGCUCUACAUCACCAACUCCCACCUGACCGGCGCCAAGGUGUACUACGCCUACUCCACUAAAACCUCCACAUACGAGUACACGGACAUUCCUUUUCACAACCAAUUCUUUCACAUGUCUAUGUUGGACUACAAUGCCAGGGACCGCGCACUCUACGGCUGGAACAACGGCCACCAGGUCCUUUUUAAUGUCACACUUUUCCACGUCAUCAAAACCGAGGACGAGUCUUAAGCCGUUUUCCACAUCUCACAAUUUGCUACUUUCAUACGAGUUAAGAGUUAACUAAUUAUGAUCUUCUACACAAGUUUCUCUAAAUAAAAAAGACCUUUCCAUCUCCGCCAUAUGGGUUUGUAACAAUGAAUACAAGUCAUUAUUGGCUCCCCCCACCCUCGAUCUGGGUGCAUAAAACACACCCCAUUCAAACUAAAAAACAAGCGAUGAUGUAUGCUGGGGAUCCGCUCGAGGUCAUCACAUAAGACACGUCACACAAUCUUGCCAAAAACUAAAAUGAAAUCAUCACGCUGUCUGCGCGCUUAGCAGCUGAGUUACUGAGUUCAUUCCAUUAACUGCUAAAACACCUGUAGCUGUUAUCCACUCACUGCAGGCGGUUGAUGGCAGUAUAAAACAAGCAAUAGAAGCUGUCAUUAGGAAGGGUGAGUCGCUGCAACCGCGAGGUCCGACAGCACUGCAUGCUGACAACUGGGAACCCAAAAAUAUUAGAUGGUUUUCUGCAGCAAAGCUAAAGUUUAGCCUUGGACAGACAAAGAGGCGCCGGCAUGAACACUCACUCAUUCACAUACACAGGCACCCGUUCACACAAGCACACGUGCUGCCUGCAGCAGGAUCCUCCUGCCGAAGAUAUAAAUGGCUGCUCAAAAUGAAAAUAAAAUAUAAAAGUCCAUUAGUGAACAUACUGCAGGUAAAACAUUUUCAAUUUAAUAAUUGCACUUUUAAAUCCUGUAAUUUCUACAGUUGCCUUUUCUCUCUAAAAUGAACACUUAAUGGUUUUGCCAUUCAGUAUUGCAAAAAUUCAUGCCCCUAAUAGAGUUGACUUUCUGAUUUUGUUUUCCUUAUUUUUGUUUUUGUUUCCAUCCUUUUGUUGCCAUUUUUUCAUCCCCUGCCAAUGUAUUCCUCCCUUUUAUUUCCUCCAUUUAGCGUUCGGUUCAUAAUUACACCUUUCCUUUCCAAAAGAUUUUGCACUUGACCUUCUACAAGACAGUGAGGAACGUGUUCACCCAUCAUUCCCCUGUAUAGUUAAUGUACUUGGCUUUUUCGUGUCUAUGAAGAUUCUCAGUCAUCCGGGUCUCUGGAUGUCUUGAAGUACCAAGUCAAAGUAUUUCAGCAAACCACAAAACUGCUUGCCUUUAACUUUGUACUUUGAGAUAUUGGCUUUUUUUGUAACUUCAGCAGCUUGUAUGCCUUAUUGAGUGCAGUAUGUUCUGUAGACCUGAGGAUAGCUGCUCUCGUGCAUGAAUGUUGCUAUCCUGAUUGCAUUUACUGUACUGUAACUGUAAACCCGUGUAUUUUGUAUCUGCACAACAUCCCAUUCUCUUUUUCUUUAUCUGUAUUAAUGGUCCAUUUAUACCAAGAGCAGUAGAUAACUUUAAUAAAUAUUAAUGUGUGUAAAUAAGAAGUUAUACAUAACCAAAAAUAAAAAAAAUAUUGUUUUCAUUAA